CUUUGGGUAGGCACUUCCGCCCUCCUGUUUAUGAAGCCAGAAACCUGUGCUGGGGCAGCCCCAUUCUGAGCCGAAAAGAAGACUAGACGGAGGCAGAAAGAAAAAGGCGCCACGAGUCAGGGUUAGAAGACAUGGAAAGAUCGGCGGAGUCCACCGCCAACGUGGAUGGCUCGGCGCCCCCCUCGGUGGCCCAGCUGGCUGGGCGGUUCAGGGAGCAGGCCGCCGCUGCAAAGGAGACACCAGCCUGUAAACCAACAAGAAGGAAACCACCCAGCUCCCUCCCCCUGUUCCCCCCCAAGGUGGAGCUGGGCCAGAAUGGUGAGGAGAAAUCACCACCCAAUGCAAGCCAUCCUCCUAAAAUCAAGGUGAAGAGCUCGCCUCUGAUUGAGAAGCUUCAGGCCAAUUUAGCUUUCGAUCCAGCGGCCCUGCUCCCUGGGGCCUCGCCCAAGAGUCCUGGACUUAAGGCCGUGGUGUCGCCAUUCCAGAGCCCACCUUCCACCCCCAGCAGCCCUGGCGUGCGGUCUCAGGCCGGGGAGCCAGAGGAGGCGCCGGUUAGCUUUGACCAGCCGCCGGAAGGGAGCCAUCUGCCCUGUUACAACAAGGUGCGGACGAAGGGCUCGAUAAAAAGGCGCCCUCCCUCCAGGCGAUUCCGAAGGUCUCAGUCGGACUGUGGGGACCUGGGAGAUUUCAGGGCCCCCGAGUCAUCCCAGGAGAAUGGUGCCAAGGAAGAGAAUGGGGAUGAGGUGUUCCCAUCUAAGAGCAAGGCCCUGGGUUCCCCUCCGCCCAGCGAGGGGCCGGUGGGGGAGGAAGUGGGGAGGCAGCUGGGGUCCCAGGAGAAGCCUCCUCUGAGGAGGACGUCCAGCAGAACGGAGAAGCAGGAAGAGAAGGGCAGGGCCGUGGAGGAAGCCCAGCAUCCCCAGAAGGCCGCGGGGGGCUCUGAAGAGGAGGCCAGCCGGCUUCCAGCCACAGAGGAGGCUGUCCAGCCAGCCCAAGCCUCCAACCCAGAGGCAGCGAACAGAGGCAGGAGCCCCACAGAAGAAAAAGCAGCCAGAGAACAGACAGAGAAGUCUGAGGAGGUGAAGGAGGAGAGGGCAGGAAAUGAAGAGGAUGAGCCCAGACAAAGGAGCCAAGACAUAAAGGGCCCGGUGGAGGGAGCUGUGGGGGAGGCCCCAGCAGGCCCCCCUGAAGGGGUGGAGGGCCCCCACAUCCUGGAGCAGGGGAAAGGCGAGGAAAAGGACGAGGAAGGGGCCGUUCUGGAGCCAGGCCACGACCCCAGCGAUGAGGAUAACACCCCUGUCCAGGACACUAAAAUGUGAAGAAGAGCUCAUUGUGGUUAGUGAUGAGGCAGCUGGAGACAUCUCUUUCGAAGGAGCAGCCACAAGAGUAGCAGCAAACGAAGCCAUGGCCAAAGCAGAAUCCGUGGAGGGUCUGGAGGCAGCCCAAAGACAUAGAUUGCGUUGUUUCCUGUCUCCACGCCGAACGCUCCCUCGCAGACAAAGAUCAGUCAGAAGGCAGCAGCCUUUCAUCAGUUUGAGUUUGUGUCACUUGAUGGACUUGGUUUAAAAAAAA